UUCCACUAUUUUCAUGACUUUUCCUUCUAACAAUCUCUUGAUGCUAUAGCCGUUACUCAGUAUAACCAACGGCGCGCUAUCUGAUGCAUCGAGCAGGGUGGUUAGGGGUUUGUAUGCUGCUGCUCAGGCCUUUCCGUCUUCUUAUUCCCCUCGCCUUGUCGUUCCGUUACCACUUCACUUUUAACCCCGUGUUCUUAAUCCUCCAUUCUCGGCCCUUCCCCACCUUGCUUGAAUAGUCGAUUGUCUUCUAGUUUCAACUCACACAAUCGCUGGACGUCGCUCCCUUCCAGUCAUCAAGUCCAUGUUCAACCAAGCAGACAAUGUCAGUUCAUCCGUUUCCCCUUUGGAGUUCUCGAUCCUCGCUAGACUGACAUGCCUCUACAGAUUGCCCAACAGGCAACACUUGACCGAACACUCGAGACCCUCCCGAUCGAUAUUUGCUGUUUAUCGGAAACCCGUCUGCAACAUUUGAGCUUUGUGCGUACUCUGCGACCCCCCACAUGCGACACUUGCAGCACAUUCACAUUGCGCCUGUCUGGCGAUGACGCAGCUUCAAAUGCAGGUCAAACUGGCGUCGGCAUUGUUUUGAGUCCCUGGACUGAGGAUGCCCUGAUUGACUGGAUCCCUGUCGACAGCCGGAUGUGCGCCGUUAGAUUAGCUGGCUUGUUCCAGGUCUCAAAGUCGCGAGUGGACAAAUGGUGCCUGUUUGUCAUUACAGCUUACGCCCCCACAAACUGCAGCUCUGAUUCGGUGAAAGAUGAUUUUACUAUCACCAACUUAACGAUCUCCUUCUUUACAGAAGAAGCACGGAUACUGUGGUGCUUACUGUUGAUCUCAACGCACAAGUCGUACAAUUGUCCUCUGAAGUGCUUCAUCUGGGCUGCCAACGGGGUGUAGACUCCCGUAGCG